GGCAGUCGCAGCCGCCUCUCACUCGCCCGUGACCUGCCCCUCUGCGACUACUUCGACCUCUCUCGCCUCGAUGCCCACUGGAUCUCGCCCGAAUUCUUCCUGCACCUCGCUAGAGCCGCUGUCAACCCUCCCUUUGCUGCUGCUGCUGCUAAAGCCAGCCCUUCCGUGGCCUUUGUGCAUCUGCAGACCUCCCAAGUAUGGCGAAUGACCUUCAAUCAAGGGCCUCUGGCGGACAUGCUGAGUGAGCUGAUGGUGUAUGGCAUGGGCCAUGCACCCUCGAGACGCAACACCGUUGAUGUCACCACGCCAGUCAACAGCAAUGUACUUUUCCAGCAGUUGCAUCAGUGGCGGAACAGGGACGUGCUGGUGUGGGUGAAGACCACAUACGACCGAGUGGACUUCCACCUCCCCACAGACGACAUCUCCUUCAAGAUGCUUCCAUACAGCCAGACAUGGCACGCCAUGGCACAUCGAGCCAUGGCCCGCCUGCCCUCCCGGUACAUUGCGGUGCACUACCGCUCCGAGUUCAUUGCCUUCAACCUGGCGCACAAGCUAGUGGUAAGAGGCUUCAAGGUGGAGGCGGGCGUGCUGGAGGGGCUGAUGGCGGGGUGCAUGGAGGCGGCGCGCGACCUGAUCAACGGCAUGAAGCGCCGCCACAACAUCUCCGUCGUCUUCAUCGCCGCCGACGUGCCGUUUGACGGCAAGGCAGGCAGUGUGGUGCGGUCGGACUCGUGGAACGAGACCACGUGGAGGUUCCAAGGGGCGGAGAGAGAGAGGGCGUUGCAGGCCCCGCGGGAGAAGCUGCGGUGGCUGAGGGAGCAGGUGGCGGGCACAGUGAUGGUGGACGAGCUCAUGCCCUCUGUCAACCGCUACGACCCCGGCAUUGUUGCGAUAUUGGACAAGCUGCUGUGCGCGCAUGCCCACGUGUUCCUGGCUGGAUCCAUCACAUGUGGGGGAAGCCGCGGCUUUGAGCAGGACAUUGCGCAACACAGGAGUCAAUUUAACAAGACCCUCCCCCAUAGAUGGGUCUCACACACAGACAAGCUUCUGUGGCAGUCAAACGGCACCUCUGCAGGUGUAGGAUAA